AUGGCGGCUUAUCCGACCAGACGAGACGAACCCUUGGCGGAGAAGAGGAAGUUGGAUGUGUGGAGCGAAGAGGAAGAGGUCUGGUCGCCUGAUCCGUCCUUGGGCCAUGACUACUCGGCCAAGACGGAGCAGGCCAGACGCGAAGAAGAAUCAGCUCCCCGCCCUGUGAAAAUCCCCACGCUCGAUCACUUCAAGCCCCCGACCCGGUUCCACAUUGCCGAGCUCUUCUCCGUCCGUGAAUCCGGAAGCCAGGCCGUCCUCUCGGCCGCCAAAUUCCUUCUAGGGGUUUCAUCCUCCCUUGAUGGUGAGCCGCUGAGACGGUGCUCCGGCUUCUGGGUCGAUUGGGAUGCGGAGAAGAAAACCGGCCUUGUCUUGACAACUGCACGGCUGAUUCGCACAAAGGACGCUCCUUACAGCGUCUGGACAGGCGGCCAAGAGUAUGCCCCUAAUGCUGAUGUCACUGUUCAUUUGCUAAAUGGCACUAGUGCAAAGGGCGAGCUGGUCUACUAUCAGCCCCAUUACGAUAUCGCUUUCUUGAAUGUUGAGGUGGAUCAACCAAUCAAGUUACCAUCUCUUCGUGAAAAAGAUGUAGAAUUUGCUCAAGAGGUUUUUCAGCUAGGAAGAGACAAUUCCUUAAAUCUAAGGAUAACAUAUGCUAGGGCAGAAUAUCUGAAUCCAAACUUGUUUGAGCGGCACCACAACGUGUACUUUUGUUCUCCAGAUGGCCAUGACGAUGAUAAUAAUGAGUAUGACAAUGGGGGGCUAGUUAUUGACUUGAAUGGAAAAGUUGUUGGAAUGGUCAACGACCCUGAGAGAUUUGGGUCUUUUAUACCUUCUUCCAUUUUGCUCAAUUGUUUCGAUUCAUGGAAGAAAUAUCGGUACAUUGGUCGGCCCCAUCUUGGGAUGAGGUUUGAGGCCAUCAAGCUCCUAGAGCCUGCUCAUGUUGACAUGUUAUGUCGUAUGUAUAACAUUGAUGACGGUCUUGUUGUUAGAGAGGUGUCCAAAGGAUCUAAUGCUGAGAAAUGUGGAAUCCAAAAAGGUGAUCUUAUUGAAUGUAUUAAGGGAAAAUGCAUUUCUACCACAGUUCAGUUGGAAAAUCUGUUGAUGAGCAUAUGCAAACACCCUUCAGAUAAUAAAAAUGGCCGUAAUACUGAAGUUCAUAUUUCUGUUGGGUUGUUUCAAACACUCAAAAAAUGCCGAAGGACCGUAGAGUUGACUGCAACUGUAUCAGACCUUGGAGAAGUUAUUGCAAGAGGUACUAGAGUCUCUUGA